GAUUGGAGACCGUAGAAUAGUGGCUGUUUAAUACAGUUGCGGACUUGGUUCUUGGUUCACAAUACCACAAUUUCAUUUCUUUCAAUUUUCAUUCAGUGUCCGACGGAAAUUAGCGCGCGUCGGUUGUGUGUUUAACAUGAUGGAAUUGUUUUUAAAGUAAUUCUCUUUCGUGUUUGUGGAGAUCUUUUUUUAAAUUUAUACCUAGUUUUUGGGGUCGUGAACUUUGUGAUUUAAUAAGGAUUUUUAAAGAUGGGCUGCGGUAAGAUCUUCGCGACGCUACGUCGGUGCAAAAAAAUUGAUUAUGACGACGACACCACCCAGUUGUCCAGAUGUCUUGGACUAUUCGACCUCACCUCUCUAGGAGUCGGGAGUACCCUCGGUCUAGGAGUGUACGUGCUGGCCGGCGCUGUCGCCAAGACUGUUGCUGGACCGGCGGUUGCCAUCAGCUUUUUGGUGGCAGCCAUUUCUUCUGUAUUUGCUGGGUUAUGUUACGCAGAAUUCGCUUCAAGAGUCCCAAAAGCCGGUUCAGGCUAUAACUACAGUUACGUGAGCGUCGGGGAGUUCAUCGCGUUCACGAUUGGUUGGAACUUGAUCUUGGAGUACGCUAUAGGAACAGCCAGCGUCGCCAAAGGCAUGGCGGUCUACAUUGACACCCUCUUCAAUAACACCAUGGCGAAAACCUUGACCGCGGCUACUCCGAUCAAUGUGUCCUUCUUGGCUGACUACCCUGAUUUCUUUGCAUUUGGUCUAGUUUUUUUGGUAACUAUUCUGCUCGGUAUUGGAGUUAACGAAUCUGCGAAAAUGAAUAACGUAUUCACGGCCCUCAAUGUAUUAACUGUCAUAGUUGUUGUCGUCGCGGGCGCUGUCAAAAGUAACCCAGCUAACUGGAACAUCAAACUAGCCGAUAUUCCACCCGAGUACGUGAGUCAAGCCGGGGAAGGAGGCUUUAUGCCGUGGGGUGUGGCGGGCGUCAUGGCGGGAGCGGCUAAAUGCUUCUUCGGCUUCGUCGGCUUCGACUGCGUGGCCACCACGGGGGAAGAGGCCAAGAACCCGAAAAGAGACAUACCUCUGUCAAUAGUUCUGUCUCUGAUCAUAAUCUUCUUGUCAUAUUUCUCCAUCGCGACAGUGCUCACCAUGAUGCUGCCUUAUUAUAUGCAGGACGCGGAGGCCCCAUUCCCCUACGUAUUCGAACAGGUUAACUUACCGGUGAUCAAGUGGGUGGUGACAGUGGGUGCUAUAUUCGCUUUGUGCACGAGUCUGCUCGGCACCAUGUUCCCACUCCCGCGGGUGCUGUACGCUAUGGCGUGUGACGGGGUGCUGUUCCGACCACUAGCCGCCAUUCACCCGAAGACCAAGACCCCAUUGUUGGCCACUGCGAUUAGUGGAUUUCUUUCGGCAAUAAUGGCAGCCAUGUUCAAUCUGAAACAACUGAUAGACAUGGUGUCUAUUGGGACUUUGCUAGCGUACACCAUCGUGGCAACAAGCGUUCUCAUACUUAGAUACGAGGAGGAGGAUGUAUCUGUUGGCACGGAAAAAAUAUCGGCACGCGGGAGGGGAGUGCUAGCAGUAUUAGGUCAGGGUUGCAACCUGCUCGGACUCAAGAACCCCACGCAACUCUCCUCCACCAUCGCCAAGAUUACCAUCGCUGUCCUCUUCGUGGUGGCGCUGGCGACGUGCGUAGUAUUGAGUGUGGACGGCGGAGCGGUGGCGGGAGCAAUACUGGGGGCGAUCCUGGUGGUAUUACUGGUGGUGUUAUACCGACAACCCACUAAUGACGUAUCCCAUCUCUCAUUCAAGGUGCCGCUAGUCCCACUUGUCCCAUACCUGAGCGUCUGCAUGAACGUGUAUCUGAUGGUCCAGUUGGACUACCAGACGUGGGUUCGGUUUUUCAUAUGGCUUAUAAUCGGUUACCUAAUUUACUUCUUAUAUGGAAUCCGUAACAGUUCACUCAAUUCUUCACAGCCCGCCGGUAAAGUCGAUGACAAGGAUAAAUCACAAGUCGUAACAAAAUUUUGAUCUGUAAUACCAGAUUAGGCGUAAUGUGUCUUACGUGUUGAAUACCUGGAUAUUGUUGUGUAUGUAAUAGUUAUAAUAUUAAUCCUGUGAUUGUUGGACAGUUAAGGUUGUGAGUGAAAAGCAUCUCAAGACUAUGGAUUACUUAGUGAUUUUUUAUUUAUUUAUAUGAGAUACAAAACUGUGCGUAAUAAUACAGCUCUCACCUCUGAGCCGGGGCUCCCAAACAUCAGCUCUUUCUCUUGGACUCCCUGCACAAGCAAGUCUUUCGAAUCAUCUAGAAUCCUAGUCAUCGGAUCUCCGAUUAAGCGUUCCAGUGUUCAAAGAACCUUUUCCAAUUGACACAACCUUCGCAUCAUCGUCAAGACGCCUUUAUAAAGUUCAAAAGUUCAGUCACUACGCCAUCAAGAGACCACUUACAGAUGCUAUUUCUCUUCUUGAUUCACUUGUCACUACCGCCAGUAAUAAUUUUAUUGGGAUCUCUUACGUUUUUUUUUAGAUUGUUUGUCUGUGUUGCCUAUUCCAAAACAUAACAAAAUUUCGAGAACAUUCGUCUCCCGAUUGCAUGCCGAUUUGCAACAUUCUGUUUAUAUCUCAAAUAAAGUACUCCCGCUCAGUAUAAUAGUUCACUGUUGUUGUCAAUUAACCUGUAAAAAUAAAGGUAUCAUAGAGAAAAAUAAUCUUUGUUCCUUACCUACUUAUGCUUACAUUUUUUGUAGGAACUAAAGGGAGGUCUGAGAUUCACUUGCGGGCACUAGACCCUUACGGUUAGUCGAUUAUUUUGUGAAAGAUUGUUAACUUUACUUCUCUAACCCUAGAGUAAUUUUUUAACUCGAAUCAUAUGUCAAUGUUAAACAAAAAAACACCGAUUUUUAUAUGUGAUUUACUUAAUUAAAAAUCAAUUAAUGUUGCCAUAAAUAAAUUGAAUUGCAAGGCCUAGUUAAAAAUGGUAAUUAUUGAUUUUAUUAUUGUAAACAGUUACAAAUUGUUGCUAACUUUAAGGAUUAUCCUACGAUUGUUCAAAGUACAUAAUAUUAUUACUCUAAAAUUAUGAAAACUUCAUUCUAAAAAUAUUGCUGCACUCCAGUUAUUAGUAUCCGUAAUUUUAAACUAGGAAUUGGAAACGAAAACUCCUUCAGUUAUUUCUGUACCAGUCCAAUGAAAUAAAUAAAUGUCAUACGAAUGUAAACUAGAGAUUUUAGAUUUUAUGGCUUAUAAUAUUACGGGCUAAUGAUGUUAAGAUUAUUAUUAAAAAUAAAAUAUUACAGAGUAUUUUCUACAAUUAUCUUUAAAUUAAGCAAAACAACGGGUACAGUUACUUCCAAGCUGCCAUACAGGGUGUCUCAUUUAUGAAACCACCCAAUAAUUUUAACGACAGCUGUGCUUCAAAUAAACUUCGACAUUCAAGCUAUUUAAAAUAAUUAAUUUGUCACAGCAAUUUGUUGUAAAUUUAAUUUCGUUCUAAAUUCAAAGCCAUGAAGAAUGUCUGUGAUUAAGGAUGUAACAAAAUAGUAAAUUAUUAUUUUAUUAAUUAUAUAUAUAUAUAUAUAUAUAUGUAUCGAAUUUAGGACUUUUCUUUUCAAUCGAUAAGUUUGAUAAUUUCACUAUGAAAUCCUUAGUCCUAGUCCUUAGCGCGCAAGAUAUUAUUAUGUUGAAUGUACGGUAACAUGAAUGCAUUAUUUGUCUAUUUUACAUACAAUAUUCUGUGAUCUAAUAAUAGAAAUCUUAAUUAAAAUAAAACAAAAAAAAUAAAAGCGUAA